UUCAAAAUUGAAACAACCCUGCCGUACUUGAAAGAAACACUCUCUAACUCUAUGGAUAUUAACACGGCCGGCGCCGGUGCCGGCGAUGUUACUCCAUCCGGUGCUUUUUGCCAGUGGACUUCAUCUGCUUCUCUCUCGUUCCAGCACUUUCUGGAUAAAACGACGCCGUAUUUAUUAUACCGCUGGAUUGCGUUUUUCUUCAUCGCUGUCCUGUAUGUCGUGCGAGUGUAUCUGGUGGAAGGAUUCUACGUUAUCUCCUAUGCCCUGGGAAUCUAUCUUCUUAACCUCCUCAUCGGCUUCCUGUCGCCGCAAGUUGACCCGGAGUUACAGGAUUUAUCUGAUGGCCCGACUCUGCCGACCCGAGAAACCGACGAAUUCCGCCCUUUUGUUCGUCGCCUUCCUGAAUUCAAAUUCUGGUACUCAAUUACCAAGGCGUUCUGCAUUGCAUUUGUGUUAACAUUUUUCAGUGUAUUGGAUGUGCCUGUCUUUUGGCCGAUUCUCGUUUUCUACUGGGUUGUGCUGUUCACACUUACAAUGAGAAGACAAAUACGACACAUGUUGAAAUAUAAAUAUCUGCCAUUCUCUUUUGGGAAGCAGAAUUGUGUUUCAUCCCAAUUUCCUUCUCUCUUUAAGCGGUAUGAUGGAAAGAAAGCAGCUUCAUCAGAAAGUGAAGAUCUUCUCCCGUAGACUGAAACGUCUGCGGCAGCUGUUUAUUCUAUGAAAUUUACACCAAGCUGCUGUAAAUUGUCCUUUCUUUUCUGCUUCAAUAGCCAUAGAUUUCUAGGAUGCUACUGGAACUGGAAGAAACUCUCGGGAGAAUUAGUAUCAACGUUAUGGUUACAUCUUUGUCUCUCGGGGCAUAUUUCAUAGUGUAAUGAUAUCUUUGUUUUCCAUUUGCUCAGCUUUCAGAAAA